AUUUUCUUGAAAUCAGGCCAGCGAUAGCGAAACGUCAGCCUCGUUUCCGGUGGAAUGACAAUCUCUCUUUCCGUUUUGUUGUAGAAAAGUGUUCGCACUUAAAAUUCGAUACCGCUUGGCAUUUAAGGCUACAAAAUGACCAAGGGUACUUCCAGCUUUGGAAAACGUCGCAAUAAGACCCACACGCUGUGUCGUCGUUGCGGUCGGUCUUCUUACCACAUCCAGAAGCACACCUGCUCCCAGUGCGGAUAUCCGGCGGCCAAGAUCCGUUCCUACAACUGGUCCAUCAAGGCCAAGAGGAGGAAGACCACCGGAACUGGCCGCAUGCGCUACCUGAAGGUUGUGCGCCGCAAGUUCCGCAACGGUUUCCGUGAGGGACAGGUUGCCAAGCCCCGCAAGGCCACCGCAUAAACGGUACAGAACAACAAUGAAUGUUUCUACAAUGUGAAGUGCGCUGUUUGAUGAAUGAGAAAUAUAUCUUAAAUCAUUCUUAAGAGAGCUACUCGCACCUUA